AACAGCCCUUCGUGCAACAUGAUUGGUGAAUUUUCAGAGUGGCGUCAUAUACCCGCGCUUUGUUUGGAACGUCAGCUCGUUGGCGGGAUUCAGGCUUCGGGAAGAGACACACAGCGAUUGUUUUGAGAUAAUUGCAAUGCAGUUUCCAGGCAGAAGAAAGAAGGUGAUCGGCAGCUCUCAGAAUGAUCUGUAUGAUCACUGUCUUCAGUUCUACGGACAGCCUCCUCUGGAGAACAUCUCUCUCACUGAGUUUGAAACCUUCGCAGUGGAGAGGCUGAAAUUGCUCAAGUCUGUGGAAAACAUUGGGGUGAGCUAUGUGAAAAAUUCUGAGCAGUACGUCAAGAAACUGGACGCUGAAUUUUCAAGUCUGAACUUCCCACUCAGGACAGAAUUGGGUGACCGGAGGGUUCAGGGAGGAACAUCUGAAUAUGAGAAACGAAGAAAAGACCAUAUCUCCCAUUUUAUUCUACGCUUGGCUUAUUGCCAGACGGAGGACCUGAGACGAUGGUUUAUCCAACAGGAAAUGGAUCUUUUCCGUUACCGAUUUGGUGAACUAACUUCAAAGCACAAGACUGACUUCUUGCAUAAAAACAAUCUGAAGUACGAGACGGUGAGUGCAGAGGAAAAGAAAAGCCUAAAAGACAAGCUCAUCACCUCCAGUUAUGGAUUAAGUGGAAUCACAGUGGAAGAAUAUGACUUCUACAAAGUCCCAUUUCAGGAUGCCCUGGAUUUAGUGCGCACAAGGAAAGUCUACUUGCUGGCUGGAAAUGCCUACAUUCCCCACCACGAAAUUGUCACGAUUGUCCUUAAUGACUUCCGAACAAGACUUUCCAAAGCACUUGCGAUGACUGCACGAUCCCUGCCUGCGGUACAGUCUGAUGAACGACUCCAGCCUCUUUUGAGCCACCUCAGCCAUGCCUAUGUGGGUCAGGACUACAGCAUUCAGAAGAACAUGGGAAAAAUUUCUCUUGAGCAGAUUGAUGCACUCUCGGGCAAGUCCUUUCCUCUGUGUAUGAGGCAUCUCCACAAGGCACUGAGAGAGAACCACCACCUGCGGCACGGUGGACGCAUGCAGUAUGGCCUCUUCCUCAAGGGCAUUGGUCUUACUCUGGACCAGGCCCUGCAGUUCUGGAGGUCAGAGUUUGUCAAAGGGAAAGUCGAUGCAGACAAGAUUCUGGAGCUGGUCAAGGGAAUGCACUAUCAGCUGGCCUGCCAGAAGUACUUUGAGCUGACACACAAUGUUGAGGAUGCUGGGUUUUCUCUCAAUCACCCUAACCAGUACUUCACUGAGAGUCAGAAGCUUCUGGGUGGAGGCCUUGAAAUCAAGAAAGAAGUUGAUAUGUCACAACGAAGCCAAGAAAAUCCUGCUAACAUGACCCGUCCAUCUCAGGCAAACUCCAAACAGGCCCAUGAGGAGAUGGGGGAUUUAGACUCCUUCUUCCAGGAUGAAUGAUUUUGUAGAAGUUGUAUCAAAUCUGAAAUGAGUAGACCAUAUAGAGCUCUUACUUGCGUUCACUGUAUUUGAUACAAAUUGUGUUUUCAGUAAUAGAAAGAUUUCAUCUGGUUGUUUUUUCCUUAUCCUUUUGGUGAUAAGAUUUUUUUCAAAUGACCCAGAUUUUAGAAAAAUGAUUAAAAUAAAAUACAAAUAAUUUUUGCAUUUCAUAAAAGCUUUUUCCAUUUUUACCUUUUUGUUUUACUUGCUACCAGCAUUGAAAACUUGCCUCAACCUAUUAAGUUAUAAUCCGUGCAAUGAUCAUCUGUUCAAUCUCUUCGGGUUCCAGUGGUACAGUGAUGACUUGACAUACACUACUGUUCAAAAGUUUGGGGGUCAGUAAAAAUCUUUUAAUAAAUUAAAUUGAUCAAAAUAAUCCUGGAAAAAAAAUGUAUCAUGUUUUCCACAAAAAUUUUGAUAAGACUUUGAUAUCAACUUUGAUAAUAUGAAAUGUUUCUUGAGGAGCAAAUCAACAUUAAAAUGAUUUCUGAAGGAUCA